AUGUCUCUCUCAACUCCAUCACGUGCGGAUAAGUCCUUGCUCUUAUCAAUCGUGACUGGCUUCCAUGAAUAUUUCAGUUCUCCUCCCCCUUUCAUCGAGGGCUCAAAUUUCACGUUACCUGAUGCCCUGAGUAUCGUCCCGCAUCCAUCCAACCUCGGCGGCCUCAAAAUCGAGACAUUCGCCGAUAUGUACAAGCGGGUUGGUGAACCUCUCGCCAAACAAUACGAAGUUGGUACUAAAAGCUUCAGACACCAGUUGGCGGAACCAGAAGCAGAGGUAUGGAUGUUUGGUAAUAUCGCUGCUGUGCUCGUGGGUUGGUCUGCUUCCAUCGACGACCGCGAGAAUUUCGUGCACACCCUUCACCUCUGUACACUCCACCGUCUGCAGGGACAAGAUUCUACUACCAACCCGUGGCGUAUCUCAGGGCUCAUUGAUAUGCAGCAUCUGCCUCCUGAGGUAUCAAUCCCAGAUAUCGAGACAGGCCCCCUAGAGGAGAUUGUGGGCCUAUUUGAAACUCUGCUCGCUCGUAUCAGAACACAAGACUGGGAGGCGAUCUCUCCAAUGCUGCUCCCAGGUGCAGGGGCCACGAUCUCGAAGGAUGCUCAAUCUCCCACGACAUUCAUGUGGCCUGAGUGGAUCACCAAGCUCCAAGCUGAAGCGGAGAGUGAUUUCUCGCCAGAGAAAAUGAUCCGCAAUCUAGAGACCAGGCGCUGUAUGGAUUUGGCCUUGAUAUGGGCACCAUUUUCACUUCGGUUGGAUGGGCGACAACGGGGCUGGGGAGUUAUUGUCGUUUCCUUUAGGCAGGAGGGAGAGCAAUGGUUGAUCAGCGGGCUACAGGAGUCAAGUUGGAGAUUUAGAGGAGUUACACUGUUGCAUGGAUCGAGCUCAUAA